GACGCGCCCCCGCUGUUGAAGUUCCACGCAAUUGUUUAUAGCCUCCAUUUCCGUCUCUCUCUCUCUCUUUCUCUCGAUUUUACUACAGCACUUAAAAUUUGAAGCUUUUCUGCAAUUUUGGCAUCCAUCCUUCCGUUCGAGGAAGAUCAUUUUUGGAUUCUUGGAAUUUCUUGGGGUUCGUUGAAUUGCGCGCAUCGAAUUCGAAUCGAUGCAAUCGGUUCCUCGGGGUUCGGGCUGGGGCCCUAGAUUCGGUCCGUUGUUCUGACUGUGGUGGAGAAAACGUUGAAGAAUUUUGGUCGCCGCCCUCUCUGUCUCCGUUUCGCCAUCGGUUUCCGGCUGCUGCGAUGUACCACGAUGACGCUUCCGACCCAGACCCCUCCUUCGUCCCAAGAUUGCGUCGCAGCAGAAGAAACGGUGAGGAUCGCGCCCCUUUUAAUCGUAUCAUCGUUCUACGCGAUCCCUCUAAUGCGGGCGCUAUUAGCAAUAAUGGUAUUGGAGCUGGAGGUAAUUACGAGAUUUAUUAUGAUGAUGGUACUGGGUCUACCCUGCGGCCCUUACCUUCUAAUAUAUCCGAAUUCUUGAUGGGAUCGGGGUUCGACCGCCUUCUUAAUCAAUUGGCGCAGCUGGAGGUGAAUGGGGUCGGCUCAUUGGAACACCCACCAGCUUCAAAGGCUGCAAUUGAAUCUUUGCCCGUGGUUAAGAUUCUUGCUAGCCAUGUGCCCGUGGAAUCACAUUGUGCUGUCUGUAAGGAACCGUUUGAACUGGACUCUGAGGCUCGAGAAAUGCCGUGUAAGCAUAUCUACCAUUCGGAUUGUAUACUUCCUUGGCUUUCUAUCCGGAAUUCAUGUCCGGUUUGUCGGCAUCAGUUGCCUACCGAUGGACAUGGCAGUGGUCGGAGCUCCCCUGCGUCUGCAGAAGAAGUUGUUGGAUUAACAAUUUGGAGGCUUCCGGGUGGGGGAUUUGCUGUUGGGAGGUUUACCUGGGGUAGGGGAGCUGCAGAGCACGACCUUCCUGUUGUUUACACUGAAAUUGAUGGUGGGUUUAGUACCACCAGCGGUAUUCCAAGGAGGAUUUCAUGGGCGUCAAGCGGAAGGAGAUCAAGUGAGGGUGGUGGUUUUCGUCGUGUUUUUCGCAAUUUCUUCUCUUUUUUUGGCAGGUUUAGGAGUUCAUCACAUCAUUCUAGUUCAGGGACUGGUUUAAUGAGAAGGAGUUUCUCAUCUACAUUAUUCAACAGACGCUCAAGGAGGAACAAUCACCUUACGGCGUCCUAGGCGAAUUAUACGUUUCCUGCUUACUUAUACUUAUAGAGAGGUUGAAUUCCCAGCAUGUACUCCCUUUAGAGAUUUUGAGUGAUACUGGACCUAUAACAGUCUUCCUUUUGGGUGAUGAUGUAGAUGUACAAUUUUUAUUUUACUUUUACUAGGUGUAUAUAGCAAUACAUCAAAAAUAAAUACAUAAUUCGUUAACUUAAAUGUAGUUGACUGGAGAAAGUAUAUGUAGAGACAAAGAAGGGAGAGAGUUGUACAAUCUGCCUGGUCAAGGUUUUGUGGCAGUUCAAGUAUUUAGUUGUCUUUUGCUGUUUGAUGUUAGAAGGAAAGAGGUGGGUAAGGAGUUCUUGCUGAUGUCAAGUAGGUUCAUUUAUUUUUGCCUUCUAUGCAAUGUAACAUUGUAACUUCACUGCGAAGCAGCUCUUAUCCUUAAGACACGAAAAUCUACAUUGCUUUAAGUUAAAUUUCAUCUCUCUGAACUUUGCUAUAUGGUAUUCUGUUGUACGAUUAUACUAUCUCCUGGUGAAGUUUAUAGCUUCUCUCCCAGAUCUCAGCUCAAGUAUCAAAAUUACCCCUAUCUCAUCCCACCUUUAAAGAAGGCUGAUUGACGAUGCCAAGGAGGGUGGGGAUAAUUUUAUACUCAGGUGAGGUCAUAUUUGUAAUUUUGUUAUUCUAGCCAGUUAAUCUAUAUACAGUUGAAGAACUUUUCAU